AUGAAGGCCAUCCGGCGCUCUCUCAAAGGCGAGAAAGAGCCAAAACCACAACAUAUCUCUAUCACACCAAAGUCCGCAAUUGCUAUUCUUCCGCCAAAGAAGGUGAUCAAAGCCCUAUUUGACCACACCCCCGAACCUGGAAAUACUCAGGAGCUGGCCUUUACCAAAGGUGACUUUUUCCAUGUCAUAAGCAGAGAAGACGACACAGACUGGUACGAGGCGUGCAACCCUCUGAUCCCAAGCGCGCGUGGUCUCGUCCCUGUCUCAUUUUUCGAGGUUAUCGGCAAAAACGAGCGUAACAGUGGUGGCUCGGCGGGGAAUCUCGAAGAUUACAUGCAUGAACCACACGACUCUGGGUUUUCCGAUCGCAGCUCACAACAAGCCGCCGCCUACGGUCACGGACGGUCGGACUCGACCAAUACCACCAAACAAGCUGCUCGUGCCAGGAUGUCUUCCCUUGGGAAAGGGUCUGGGGCCAUGGUGUAUGGCAUUGUUCAAUAUGACUUCAACGCGGAACGCCCGGAUGAGCUGGAUGCAAAGGCCGGUGAGGCCAUUAUCGUCAUUGCCCAGUCCAAUCCCGAGUGGUUUGUUGCGAAACCUAUCGGUCGCCUUGGUGGACCAGGCCUGAUUCCUGUUUCCUUUAUCGAGAUACGAGAUAUGACAACGGGUAUGGCCGUGCCGGACCCGCACGAGGCUGUCAGGCGCGCUGGUGUCCCACGCGUUGAAGAGUGGAAGAAAAUGACGGCCGAAUAUAAGAAUAGCUCUAUAAGUUUAGGCAAACUCGAGAGCGGCGCACAGGGUGCUGCAGCAGAGAUGGGCAGGAUGACGUUGAAUGGCAGUGAUCCGUAUCAACAACAGAGCCGUAAUUCAGGAGCACACUCACAAAACCACCAAUACCAAAAUCAACAGUUCCGACAGUCCGCCCAGCAAAUCCCGCAACGGCAACAGCAACAGCAACAGCAACAAGGUUAUUAUCCUCCUGCCCUUGUGCCCGUUUCCGCGUCCAUCCCCCGAUAUUGCUUCGAUCAGGAUAAAUACUGGUUCAUCAUCGAGGCAAAAAUGGAAGAUGGGCGGUAUUGGGAAUUGUCAAGAUACUAUCACGAUUUUUACGACUUCCAAAUCGCACUCCUGAGAGAAUUCGAAGAGGAGGCAGGCAACAAGGGGAAGCCCCGAACGUUGCCCUUCAUGCCAGGCCCCGUAACACAUGUCACAGAUGCAAUCACCAACGGUCGACGGCAGAACCUAGAUGAAUAUAUUAAAAAGCUACUGUUAAUGCCACCGCAUAUCUCACGCUGCCAGCUCGUCCGUCAACUCUUUGCUCCCCGACCAGGCGACUUCGAAAUUGAUCCCAACAUUACAGUGGAUGACUACAGGCUUUCCCAUGGCUCUCAGCAAUCGUCUAUCCAGGACCCUUCACGUCCGGAAUCCGGGCAUUCGUCAAGAGGCCAGCUGCACACUGGCGGAUACCCACCUGGCGGCAUGGCUCCGCCACAUUCACAGCGCCAGGCACAGUCAACAUGGCAACCAGCCCUAUUGAAUGGAGGUACCGGCAGCACACUAGGCAACAGCGGCUCCACCAUGAUUCGAGCCGAUAUGCAAAACCAAAUGAUGAACCGACAAGCCAGCUCGUUGACACAGGGCUCCACAACCUCGAGCGGCGGCGCGAUCAAAAUCAAGGUGUUCUUCCAGGACGACCUGAUAGCCAUCCGCGUGCCGAACGAUAUCAGCUUCCAGCAACUCAAGGAGAAGCUGAAGGAUCGGCUUAAGGUUGGCGAUGAGAUUGAACUGCAGUAUAAGGAUGAACCAAGCAAUGGAUUUGUAGGGCUGUCGAAUGAUAAUGAUUUGGAUACGGCGUUGCAGCGGAAUGCGAAGCUGACGCUAUAUGUUGGACUUACAUAA